UAACCAUUAACAAUUGAAUUAAGCAAGUCAAGUAGUAACAUGCUUUCUUUCUUUCUCAAUGCUCCCAAAGUCCUAACUUUCCCUUUUGACAUUUUCUGAAAGAAAAAAAACCAAAAUCUAAUUUUAUGUCCACUUUCUUCUUUCUUCUUACAUCUCAUCUGAAAACAUAAAAAAGAACUACCAUACAUGGCUUUGAAAAUGGGGUUUUCUUCAUUCCAAUUCAAAGAUCAAUUUCACUCCCUCACCAAAAAGCUUUUUCCUUGGACUCUCUAUGCUCUUCUUCCCAUUGCUCUUCUUAGUUUAUACCUCUACCCUCUUCCUUUUCUCCCUUCUACUGAAUCUGAACUUCCUCAUUCCAUCUCCAACACCAUUAUUUCCAUCUCUACACCUCCUUCUUUUCCUUCUACACCUCCUCCUUCAGAAAAGGAAAAUACUUUUGACACCCCCCCUUGUGAUUACUUCAAUGGAAAAUGGAUCCGUGAUAGAAGAGGACCUUUAUACAAUGGAACAACAUGUGGAACAAUCAAACAAGGACAGAACUGCAUCAAACAUGGAAGACCAGAUUCUGAUUAUCUUUACUGGAGAUGGAAGCCAAAUGAAUGCAAGCUUCCAAGGUUUGAACCUAAAACUUUUCUUCAACUCAUAGAAAAUAAGCAUGUCGCUUUUGUUGGAGAUUCUAUGGCUAGGAACCAAUUAGAGUCACUUCUAUGUAUGUUGUCAACUGUUUCAUCUCCUGAGCUUGUUUACACAAAUGGCGAAGAUAACAAAUUUAGAAAGUGGCAUUUUGAUUCUCAUAAUGCUAGUGUUUCGGUGUAUUGGUCUCCUUUUCUUGUGCAAGGUGUUGAGAAAUCAAAUGAAGGGUUGAAUCAUAAUAAAUUGUAUUUGGAUCUUGUCGAUGAGAAAUGGGCUAAGGAUAUGGAUCACAUGGAUUUGAUUGUGCUUUCUGUUGGUCAUUGGUUUUUGCAUCCUGCGGUUUACUAUGAGGGUGAUUUGGUUUUAGGUUGUCAUUAUUGUGUUGGUCUUAAUCAUACCGAAAUCGGGUUUUAUGAAGUUUUGAGAAAGGCUUUGAGGACUAGUCUUAAUAGUAUAAUUGAUAGGCGAGGGAGUAAAGGCGGUAAAAUCGAUGUGAUCGUAACGACAUUUUCCCCUGCUCAUUUUGAAGGUGAAUGGGAUAAAGCUGGUGCUUGUUCAAAGACUAGGCCUUAUAGAAGUAGAGAGAAGGAACUUGAAGGAAUGGAUGGUGAGAUGAGAAAGAUUGAGGUUGAAGAAGUGGAAGAUGCUAAGGUGAAAGGUAGUGAGUUUGGAGGGGUUAGGUUUGAGGCACUUGAUGUAACUAAAUUGGCAUUGUUGAGACCAGAUGGUCAUCCGGGUCCUUAUAUGUAUCCUUUUCCGUUUGCGAAUGGUGUUCCCGAGCGCGUUCAGAAUGAUUGUGUUCAUUGGUGUUUGCCGGGGGCUAUUGAUACAUGGAAUGAGAUUUUUCUUGAGAUUAUGAAGAAAUGGGAGGAGCAUCCAAGAUAUCAAGAGUGAAAGAGUGAAGAGGCGGAUACGAAACUUACCGGUAAUAACUUGAAAACAUAAAUCAUAUGAAUGUAACCCUAUCAUGUUGGUGUCGGACACUGACGAAUCACACACCAGAGACACAUUUGUUCGGAGAAGUGUCAGGGCUAGAGAGGCGGGUGUUAUAUUUAGUUUUUUUACCAUAUAUUGUUUGAUAAUUUCUGAUUUGUUGUACCUUCAUACUAUGGAUGUUAUUAAAUUGAAAUAGGUUAAGUUUUGUUUUUGGUAGAGAAGACAAGUAAUUUCAAUUGGAAAAUGAUUAGUUACUGUUAUGUAUUCUAUUGCUUUUGCUCUUUUAUAAUAGAAAAGGAGUAAUUGAAAAUUA